GACCCGGGGAGCUGCUGAAGUUCGGUCCAAAUUCGCCUCAUCUGGUCAGGAACCGUUCGUGACGCCGGAACACGCAUUCAUGGACGCUCAGAACCGGAACCGGGCGCAUUCAUCUCGCAGCAGCAGCAGCUUCUUCUCCGAUGCAGACAGACACGCCCACCUCCUGAUGGGCCACGCCCCCGGGACCAUCAUCCCCAACCGGAUCUUUGUGGGAGGAGUCGACUACAAGGUGACGGAGAACCACCUGCACCACAUCUUCUCUCACUACGGGACGGUGACGGAGGUGAAGAUCGUCACCAACCGCUCUGGGAUGUCCAAAGGAUACGGGUUCGUCACCUUUGAAGCUCCAGAAGACGUGGUGAACAUCCUCAGCAAGGCUAACAGGAUCUGCUACAGAGACAAGAAGUUCUCCAUCAGUCAAGCCGUCCAGAAGAGCCAGGCUCCAGGACCGGGUUCCAUUGUCCACAAGCCCUUCAUCCACCACGACCCCACCUGUGACACCGUCUACCUGACCACGCCUGCAGGCUUUCCCUACACCUUCCACAACGGCGUGGCCUACUUCAACUGUCCCGCCAUGAACCAGGCAGCCCGCCAAUGGUCUCCUCCUCAGAGCUUCCCUCAGCAUCUCCAGUGGAACGCUGUGCAGGUGCAGGCGCCCUCCACCGCCGUCCUCUACUCCCAGCAGGCGGAGUUUCUUUACCAGCAGGCCGAUGGCGCCUCCUUCCUGCCCUACCUGCCCGUCAUGGAGGAUGCUGCUGCUCAGAUGUUAGAACCGACCGUGUCUGCAGUCUAUCAGGGAAGCUCAGCUCUGGUUCUGCAGCACGACCCGGUCAAGAGUCGUAUGCUGCCCCCCCCUCAAGGUCAUCGAAGGUCAAAGUUCAGACACUUCAUUUCCCCCAAGAAGUUCUUCCACCCCCCUGAAUCCACUGACGUCUUCUGCACUCCUCAUCCUCUUAUGUAGACGGGAAGGAAGCCCCGCCCACUGCCGUCGCUGUGCCUUCUCACAACCUUCUGCUGCCACUCUGAUUUCUGCCUCAGAUCCAUGGACAAACGUCUCCUCAGGUGUUUCAGCAGCGGCUGCAGACCGAACCAUCUAAAGACCGUUUCCCUGAUGGACAAACGUCUCCUCAGGUGUUUCAGCAGCGGCUGCAGACCGAACCUUCUAAAGACAGUUUCCCUGAUGGACAAACGUCUCCUCAGGUGUUUCAGCAGCGGCUGCAGACCGAACCAUCUAAAGACCGUUUCCCUGAUGGACAAACGUCUCCUCAGGUGUUUCAGCAGCGGCUGCAGACCAAACCAUCUAAAGACCGUUUCCCUGAUGGACAAACGUCUCCUCAGGUGUUUCAGCAGCGGCUGCAGACCGAACCAUCUAAAGACCGUUUCCCUGAUGGACAAACGUCUCCUCAGGUGUUUCAGCAGCGGCUGCAGACCGAACCAUCUAAAGACCGUUUCCCUGAUGGACAAACGUCUCCUCAGGUGUUUCAGCAGCGGCUGCAGACCAAACCUUCUAAAGACAGUUUCCCUGAUGGACAAACGUCUCCUCAGGUGUUUCAGCAGCAGCUUUGUUUGCUUCAUCUGAUCCUCACUGUGGAUUCUCCUGAACUCCCAGCAUGCAUCAGCAUGAAGGAUCCAGUUUGCUGCCGUGGGGCUUUAGGCUGGUUCUUGGUUCUGAUUGAUCAGUCUGGACCGCAGGUGUAAGGUCCAGAUCCUUCUGAAGAACCUUUUUUUGUCUCUUUAGAUGUGAAGCCAGCUCUAGCUUGUUUUUUAAUGUUUGAGGUGAAUCCAUGGUUAACUUUAAUGUUCUCAAAGUUUGAGUUAUUUAGCAUUUGUGUCUGGAGGCGGAGCUUACCACCAACCAGGACGAAGUUCUGCAGAAGGUCAGAACUCGGAUGGUUCAGAAAAAGUUUUCCUUCAAAGUUCCAACGUGAGAACGCUGUGUGUAAAGUUACAGCCCAAAGUCUUCACGUGUUUUUAUUCUGUGGUUAAACGUCAAGGGUCAUUUGGAUCACCUGACCUUGUGCGUUUUGAUCUUAAGAUUCUGACGUUUGAUGAUAAAAAUGGAAUAAAACUUUCUGCUGGUUCAG